AUGGACCAUAUGCUACCGAGUCCUGGGGCGAGCAACACUUUGUCAUUCCCCCAGGAAACACUCCAACUAAGAGAAUUUCCACCCUUGACCAGUACCGUCAGCUACGCCGUCCUAGGAGACUACUGGAACGGAGAAUAUCACUCGGGAAUUACGCUUUUGGCAAAGUUUGCAGACGUUGGUGGUGAGACGAACGAAAGUCACGAAUGGUUGGAACUACGACAAUCGGAAUCCAAGACAUCCAUCGACAAUGGCUUCGUGGAUAGACUUCGGUACUCAUCAGUCACGAAUGUAGAUUCCAUCCUAUCUCUACUCAUAUGCAUGUUGGCGUGUGACCGGGUUUGGAUUUAG